AUGGGUGACCCAUUGACCUCCAAAGGCAGCCAGUUGAAUUCAUUUGACCAGUCUGGACUAUCCAGCAAUCACAAACCGUCCAAAUCAAUCAACAAGAUGAACACCUCAAACAUCGACUCGCUUUCCGACGGCAUUCAACACCUUCGUCUCGCCGAGAAGUUCUCUCCCCUUAUGACGCCACCACCAUCGGAAACCAAGUCUCUCAAAUCGACAUCCAACCACUCGGAGCACGAGAAACACGACAAGAACGCCUACAUUGAGUCGUUGAAGGAGGAGCGUGAGCAGCUCUCUCACUGUUCCGACGGCUUCAAUCACGUCUUCACUCUUAUCGAUAAGGAGAUCAAGAGAAUCGGAGGAGGCGAUCAGCACGAAGCAGCGGUUCCUGGAGCACCUGCUACGCUCUCGGAGAUCAUCAUGGUGCCAGUGGAGCAGUAUCCGACUUACAACUUUGUCGGACGCAUCUUGGGACCACGUGGAACGACUGCCAAGCAGCUCGAGUCUACUACCGGAUGCCGUGUAACGAUUUUGGGUCGUAACAAGAAGGAUAAGGAUGGCAACACGUCGUCUGUCGACGUUUCUUCUCCACCGGACAAUGGUCCACUGAGAGUGGAGGUUUCGGUGCCAGCUGAUGCUCCAGACGCUGUUCGUCGCAUGGAAACUGGAGUUUCUGUCGUCAAGGCGCUUCUGAUUCCACCGGCCGACGGACAAGACGAGCUGAAACGUCAACAACUGAUGGUGCUUGCCAAUCUGAACGGCACGUACCGCCCACGCACCGCCACACCCAGCAUCCCAUCACUGCAAUUCACCGGCGCCGGUGACUAUGGACAUCCGUUCCAAAACUUGCUCCCAUACGGCUAUCGUCUGCCAGUGCAAAAAAGCAGCAGCUACGGUGCUCAUGACUCCUCUGCCAAACAAGACUGCUACAAUCCAAAAUGUGCACUUUUGAGAGGUCUUAUUGAGCAGAAUCAUCAUCAGCAAAGCGGUCCGAUCCCAAAAGUAGAAGACGUGCUCAGUGUGAUGCACAUGUACGAGCUGAUGAAUCGCAUUCGCAUCGCCAACUCCUCGCUCACUGGAAACCAAUCCAAAGCCCAGGAGAUCGGAAAUCGCAUGUGUGCAUCGAUCGGAGUCCGAUCCCCAUCAGCCACCUCUUCUUCUACAACUUCUCCUCUUACUCGUCGCCAAUACAAGCCCCGCCCACAAUCAUCGUCUAACAACCAGAAUCAUUGA